AUGGCAGCUUCAACAUAUUUAUCUUUGUUGUUCACCAUUUCCAUUUUCUUUAUUUCUCAUGCCACUUUACCAACAUCAAACCCUAAAUUGUAUCAAAAUGUAUGUAAACAACCUGGUAAAACAGACUUCGAACAACGUUGUCUGACACUCAUUGAAUCCUACCCUCCACUUACUCAGAUCAACGAUCGUCUAACCUUUUGCAGGUCAUUUGUAAAGAUGGUAGCAAUAGAGAAGACAACAAAAGCUCAAGAAUACGUUAAACAAAUGAUGAACAAAUAUCCUUCUUCUCAACCAAUCAAAGAAUGUGCAACUGAGAAGUACGAUACGUUGGUAAACGAGUUAAAAGCUGUGUUGAAUGAAGAUCCUGACCUGAUAGACAUGGAUGCCAAAUAUGCUGCCGAUGCACUUGACGAAUGUGAAACCGUUUUAGCCCGUGAAAAGAUAGUUAAUGUUUCCUCCAUUUAUACAUUGAAUAACAAUAUGAUGUUACUUGCUGAUAUUGUAAGAAUAACAGCAUCAAAUCUAUAA